AUGAACCAAUUUGACCUUACUGGGAAGAUAGCAUUGGUGACUGGAGGCGGUACUGGGAUAGGACUAAUGAUGGCAAAGGGUCUCGCCAGCAAUGGAGCGAAGGUGUACAUCACCGGAAGGCGUCUGGAAGUGCUGAGGAAGAGCGCUGCAGAACACCGGUUCGAGGGUUCGGGGCAACUUAUCCCGAUCCAGAUGGACGUUGACGACAAACAGAGCAUCAGUAAUGCCGAAAAAUUGAUUGAACAAGCAGACGGCAGGCUCGACGUAUUGAUCAAUAACGCUGGGACUUCCGGCCCUAUAUAUAGCGGCACGUGGUCGAACAACCACACUGCUGCUCUAAAUACUGAAGAGACAGCGACGUAUGGGCGAGAACUCUUCGACCAGGGCGCCGAUCAUUGGGAUGCCGUACAUCAUACGAAUGUUGCUUCAGUAUUCUUCGUCACGACAGCCUUUCUCGGCCUACUUGCUAAAAGCGCCCAAAGCAAAGAGGGUCGAAUGGCGAGCGUGAUUAAUAUCACGAGCGUUUUCAAACAUUCAAGGAUGCACUGGUGCUACCAUGCUUACGAUUGCACGAAAGCGGCUGUUGGGCACCUGACUACCAUGUUCGCUACUGAUAUGUCACUCAGGAGGAUUCCCAUUCGCGUUAAUGCUAUUUCACCUGGAACAUUCUCAUCUGAGAUGACCUCAACGGAAGAAAACCUCAAGCAGGCUAUGCAGACGAAUUUUCUCGGUGCAUUACAGCCAAACCCACUGAGGAGGCCGGGAAAAGAGGAAGAAAUUGCUGCUCUAGCUGUGUAUCUAGCGUCCGAUGCAUCAGCAUAUGUGCAAGGACAGGAAAUUGGUAUCGAUGCCGGUUUCGGUCUUGUGAAUCCUUAA